GCGAGACGGCCAGACCCAACCCAACAAGCAAACCCACCGCUUCUGCAAUCCGGGCCGAAACCUUUCCUCGAACGCAAGAAGAACCCCAACCCCCGAGCCGGCGAUGGCGACGGUGGCGAUGGACAUCUCGAAGCCCACGCCGGCGGCGUCCGGCGACGAGGCCGCGGCGGCGGCGGCGGCGAAGGGGAGGAGCGGCGGCGGGGGCGAGGGCCUCCGCCAGUACUACCUCCAGCACAUCCACGACCUGCAGCUCCAGAUCCGGCAGAAGACCCACAACCUCAACCGCCUCGAGGCCCAGCGCAACGACCUCAACUCCCGAGUUAGAAUGCUCAGGGAAGAGCUGCAGUUGCUUCAAGAGCCUGGGUCAUAUGUUGGUGAGGUGGUGAAGGUCAUGGGCAAAUCUAAGGUUCUGGUGAAGGUGCAUCCAGAAGGCAAAUAUGUUGUGGAUAUUGAUAAGAGCAUUGAUAUUACGAAGAUCACACCUUCAACAAGAGUUGCUCUUCGAAAUGACAGCUAUAUGCUCCAUCUGAUCCUGCCAAGCAAAGUUGAUCCAUUGGUCAAUCUCAUGAAGGUUGAGAAGGUUCCUGACUCUACUUAUGAUAUGAUUGGAGGCCUUGACCAGCAAAUUAAAGAGAUCAAAGAGGUCAUCGAGCUUCCAAUCAAACAUCCUGAGCUGUUUGAGAGCCUCGGAAUUGCCCAGCCAAAGGGUGUCCUCCUUUAUGGACCUCCAGGCACAGGAAAGACUUUGCUGGCACGUGCAGUUGCUCAUCACACUGAUUGCACCUUCAUCAGGGUUUCUGGUUCUGAGCUGGUUCAGAAGUAUAUUGGUGAGGGCUCCCGUAUGGUUCGUGAACUAUUCGUUAUGGCCAGGGAACACGCACCGUCCAUUAUAUUUAUGGAUGAAAUAGAUUCUAUUGGAUCUGCUAGAAUGGAGUCUGGAACUGGCAACGGUGAUAGUGAAGUUCAGCGUACCAUGCUUGAGCUUCUGAACCAGCUUGAUGGUUUUGAAGCAUCAAACAAAAUUAAGGUUCUGAUGGCAACGAACAGAAUCGACAUCUUGGAUCAAGCCCUUCUGAGGCCUGGACGCAUAGACAGGAAGAUUGAAUUUCCGAAUCCCAAUGAGGAUUCACGUUUCGAUAUCUUGAAGAUUCAUUCAAGAAAAAUGAACUUGAUGCGUGGUAUUGAUCUGAAAAAGAUUGCAGAAAAGAUGAAUGGAGCCUCAGGAGCUGAGCUGAAGGCGGUCUGCACAGAAGCUGGAAUGUUUGCCCUUCGCGAGAGAAGGGUACACGUUACACAGGAGGACUUUGAGAUGGCGGUGGCCAAGGUUAUGAAGAAAGACACGGAGAAGAACAUGUCCCUGCGCAAGCUCUGGAAGUGAGGUUCAUGCCAAAGAUGCCCCGCAACCUUCACAGCCUCACCAAAGCUCGUGCCUUCAAAUCCUGAGCUUUUUCCGCCUUGCCAUAUAGCAGUGGAAUGGUGUAACUGCAUGCUCCGGACCUUCGCCAUGUGUCUUUUUUUUUAAUAACUUUAUGCCGUGCAUGCCUAUGUUUAAAGUUUUCUGAUAACAGAUGUAGUAUGUUGUUGCAAAGUUAAAAUUUAUGGAUUGGCUAGAUACGGGAUAAUUCAUUGCUAGCUCGCGAUGUACCACGUUACAAUGCCUACUUGGUUUGCAGUUUACCGGCCGUAGUGAAACUGCCUACUGGUCUGGUGUUUUGUCUUCA